GGCAGAUCCAUCCGACCCCCGGUUUCAAAGACGGUGUUAUCGUCUUUGGCCUUGGCGGAUGCGACCCUUGCAACUGCCGCCCAUCAGCGCUCGUCAGCGCCAUCUCUCCCGGUUUGCGGUCGUCAGGAGUCGGGAGCGGCUUCUGGCGACGCAGACUGGCAGAAUCCCGAGCAUUGUGCACGCUGGCCCGGGACGUUCCUCCCAGAUCUCCACGUGCUGUCUCAGCCCUUCCUCAUUCCAGCCGGCACCUUGUUACGUGGUUCCUCCAUGCUCGCCGAACAUGGAGAGUGGUUGCUCCAGAACAACCACAUGACCAUGGCGGCCCUCGUCAGGCGUCCAACGCGACUGCUUUCGGUAGCAGCCGGUAUCCUCGUCUUCUAUGUCCUCAUCAUAUUCAUACCGAAGCAGCCCGACCGGGUGUGGAACUUCGAAUAUGUCCAGAGCAGCUACGACUGGUCGGCGUUGCCUCAGAGACACCCAGUUCCAAGCGUCACUCCCUUGCCGACCGGCACACUGCCCACGCUCCCCAAAGUGCAGUACGACUUCGCCUCCGAUGAGCAACCCACCAAGGACAGGCUCGCUGUCUUGAGCGACCGACGAGCCGCUGUCAGAGAUGCCUUCGUGAAGAGCUGGGAUAGCUACAAGAAAUAUGCUUGGAUGUACGAUGAGCUCGAGCCUGUGUCGGGCUAUCCAAAGGACACUUUUGGAGGAUGGGCCGCAACGCUGAUCGACAGCUUGGACACGCUCUGGAUCAUGGGGCUGAAGGAUGACUUCUACGACGCCGCCGCAGCCGCAGUCACAAUCGACUGGGCCACCAAGGAAACCUCCAUCAACUUCUUCGAGACAACCAUCCGGCAUCUAGGUGGGCUGCUGGCUGCGUACGAUCUCAGCAAGGAGAGGGCCUUACUCAACAAGGCAAUCGAGGUGGGCGACAUGCUCUAUUCAGCAUUCGACACGCCCAAUCGCAUGCCGCCCUUCUGGCUGGAUUUUAAGAGGGCGAAAGACGGCACUCUGCAACCGGGCACUCACGAUCCGGCUGCCUCGACCACCUCGUCGGGCUUGGAAUUCACCAGAUUGGCGCAGCUCACUGGCGACAACAAGUACUACGACGCUAUCGACCGGGUCUCACGUUUCCUAGAGCAGUCGCAAAAUACGACUAGGCUUCCCGGCAUGUGGCCGACGUUCCUGGAUUUAGAGUUCAUGGAUGUGUCCACCGGGAGCGACUUCACUCUGGGUGCAUUGGCGGAUUCGCUUUACGAGUAUCUGCCAAAGAUGUACGCGAUACUGGGUGGCUUGGAGCCGAUGUACGAACAGCUCUACCGAGGCGCAAUGGAUACGGUGACAAAAAACCUAUUGUUUCGCCCAAUGCUUCCCGACCAGGACGAUAUCCUCUUCACGGGUGAUAUCACUGUCGACCCGUCCACAAACGCGGUUGAGCUCCAAGGUGAAGGCCAGCAUCUUUCAUGUUUCGUAGGUGGCAUGUAUGGGUUGGGUGGGAAACUGUUCAACAUUCCAGAGCAUGUUACAAUUGGCGAGAAAAUUGCCAAGGGUUGCGCUUGGGUUUAUGAUUCCUUCCCCACGGGGGUAAUGCCGGAAAUCUACAACCUGUUCCCAUGCCCAAGCCUCGAGCCUUGCGCGUGGGAUGAAGAUGCCUGGACGGCAGACGGUGAUUCCAGCCUCAAAAGGGGCUUUAAGAACGCCCGCGAUCCACGCUAUCUACUUCGACCAGAGGCCAUUGAGAGUAUUUUUCUUAUGUACCGUAUGACAGGGAAAGAAGAAUAUCAAGAGAUGGCCUGGCGGAUGUUUCAGUCUAUCAAGAAAUCAACGGAAACCGAUUUGGCCUUCUCGGCAAUCAGCGACGUUACCGUCAGUGGUGCUACGCAGAAGCUGGACUCAAUGGAGAGCUUCUGGACGGCUGAAACAUUGAAAUACUUCUGGCUGAUAUUUUCAUCCCCAGAUCUUAUCAGCUUGGAUGAGUACGUGCUCAACACGGAAGCACAUCCAUUACUGCGGCCGAAAUGAGCAUUGAGAAACUUCACAUGAUUAGCGUUCUUGCAUUUCUUGAUGUAGAUCUAUCAAGAAUGGUUUGCAUGUAUGUGGCAUGAUAGCAUAGGCGUUCUAGGAUGGGUCCUCAUUCAUAAUUGAUAUUUUUCACUCGCUGUCCUGGUACAAAUGCUUACAAUGAGACCGCAUUUAUUUAAAUUACGUCCAUGGUACCACCGGCGUCA